AUGAGCCUUAGAAAUCAAGUCGCCCUCCCAGACCUUGAUAGACCUGCCCUGAAUUCGCCCAAUCUUGUGGCAGAGCGCCCCGGCGUUUACUUGUUUCCUCUGUGCACGUCGCGGGCACGGCGCUUCCAAGUUUUCAGCCUUUUCCAGGCCGCGGUCGUUUUGACCGGAACGUCAUCCUCGCCCGACUCACGUUCGGCCAACAUGAAAGCAAUUCUGCUCAGGCGACUACACGAAUAUCAUGAAUUUAUUGGGGAAUCGCACGAGAAUGAAGACGGAACACUGGAUGCCGCACAGCGCGCCACCGCUCUUGAAUCGCUCUCCUUGUUAGAACAUCUGCACAAACACUUGCAGGCACGCGAACAAGAACCGGCACCGGGCUCUGUAAAAGGAGAAAACUACGAAGCCAAGAUGGACCCGUCUCUCGUGGGGUCCCGGGACCUAGCCCUCAUGCGUACACUGUUAUCCAUCGUCUUUAAGUGGGCUCUUGAGCCUCUCGUAGGUCGUGUCGCAUCUGCCAUUCCUUCCACAUCCGCACUCCAUAUCACCAAGGGCGCAAGAAUCAUCGAUCUCACCGGGCUGCCGCACGAGUACUCGACGCUCUCCUCCAUUUGCGACCGACUUCUUUCCGUCUCACUGUCCAAUGGCGUUUCAUCUCCGUUGUCACAGUCUGCGGUGGCCGCCAUCUUACUGAAUCAGCACCUCUCCGAUUUGCUACUCCCGUGCAUCGUCGUGGGCUGGCUCCCCAAAUCCCUCUCAUCGGAAGACAUGCCUACCGGAAACACAUUGCGUCCUCAAAUCAUGUACCUACUCACAAGAUUGUCCGCUCCUAUAGUGAUCUCCGCCCUGGGACGGACGUUGUCCCAAACACCCCCUUCACUUCCGUACGCUCAAAAAGCGUGUAGCUUCAUUCUUAGUAGGCAGCUUUUACGACCGGAGGGAAUCCGGGCAGUGUGUGAAUCCAUAUUUGGAGAAGAAGACGUAGGCGAUGAAGAUGCUCCACUGGAGAAGCUCGAGCACGUAGCACGUCUCCUCGGCACCGACUACUGCAACACCAUGGUCCCUCGCUUGCUUCAACUCCUCGUACUGGACACUCGCGUGUUACCGCCCACCCAUCGGCGGGCCAUAUCAUUCUCUCUAUCGCGUAUCCUUGCCCGUGACGAUGCACCUAUCCUACAAACUCUAGCGACUAAUAUCGUCUUGCAGUUCGUCCACGAUCCAAUUUUGAAAGGUACCGGAGACUUGUCAACCGGUGCAGCGCUCCGUGCGAUCGAGGUCCUUCUAACGAACACAGACCCCCUCAAGGGAUACUUGAACACAUGGGGAAGGCUCGUUGGAACACCGGAAGUAAUAGCAACGUUGCAGCACAUCAUCGAUGGAGAAGGUGGCAGCUGGCGUGUAGAUAUCGCUGACGAGAUAUCCCGGGCCGACGAGUCCACGGAGCCAGAUCCUUCGCUCUCCAUGUUCACACCUCAAAGUCUGAAGGAGGCAGAGGAUACAGGCCAGCUCGACAUCGACUCCAAUGUACUGGGACUCAAGCCGGACCCCGUCCGAUUUGUGAACUUUGUCAAGUCCAUCGGUCGGGCCGACGUAUCAUCAGAGAUGUUCGUCAAGUUACUAGAAAGAUACAGUGAGCUCAGAAGCCAGGCCGACACAGAUCCCGUUCGGACGCUUCUCUAUCUGCAGCUGGUGCUACAAAUGCAGAAGCAACUUUCUACGGAUGAUACGUCAAGCGUGUUCAGAAAGCCGGAACACAUUUUGUCGUUCAUCAAGCAUGCGUUGGAGAAACGAGGCCCGUCCGAGACCUCGACGAACAAACCCCUGAGGCACGGAGGACUUGGUGUGGGAGAUCUUCGUAUAGUCCCCGAAGACACGGAGAUGUCGGACGAAGGUGACAGCGAUGACGAAGACGAAGAGGGCGCCUCGGAAGGAGCUGUCGACGAUAUCACUUCAACCGCGGUCAAGCUUCUGCUCGCAGUGCUGGAAGCAAAUCCGGAUCUCUCAGCUCGAAACGCCCCCGUGCUGAAUGACAUAUUCUCCCUCCUCGAUCCUCUCUCAAACGUCCCCAAUGAAGACCUCCGUCAACUCGCGCGCGAGGCCCGGAUGGUCAUGACCGCCCGCCUUGCCUCAACCUCCUCCGAAGCCGCUUCCACGCCCACAAAACCCUCGCCCGGCUCCUCCGAGUCCCCGCAAGAAACAUACCAAAAGGCCCUGAAGCUCCUCCAAGACCCCCUCCUCCCCGUGCGCGCGCACGGGCUCAUGCUCCUCCGCCAGCUCGUCUCGCCCGGCCCCGGUCUCGCCGCGCCCGCGCUCGACCGCGCGCUCGUCCCGGGCAUCCUCGACGUCUUCCUGCAGGGCGCACAGGACGACGACUCGUACAUGUUCCUCAACGCCGUCCAGGGCCUCGCGGCGAUGGUCGACGGCUUCGGGCCGGACGUCCUCCGCGCGCUCGUGCGCGCGCACGCGGGCGGGCUCGACGCGCUCGCGGCGAGCGCGCUCACCCGGCAGGACGUCGACGUGCGCACGCGCGUCGGCGAGGCGCUGGGCCAGGUCGUGCGCCGCUGCGGGGACGCGUUGCCCGCGUACGCGCCGCUGCUUGUCCCGCCGCUCGCGGCGAUGGUGCGCGCGGCACACGUGCCGACCGUGCUCCGGACGUCAGCAGUCUCGCUCCUCGCGCUGUGCGUCAAGACGCACGCGCUCGCGGUGCUGCCGUAUGUCCCCGACCUCGCGGACGGGAUGGUGGACCUCCUCCAGGUGGAGACCGUCUCCGCUGCCGUCGCCCCUGGGGGCCAGUCCGAGCGUGCCCCGGUGCGGCGGCGGCGGAAGCCAAGGACAAGGCCCGGGGCGCCGACGCCUCCCCUGGCAAGCAGGCCGAUGUCACCAACGAUGACGAUGCCGACGCGACGGCGAGAAGGGCCCCGAGAAGGCGACAGAAGAAGGAGGCGCGGCGACGGCGACGAUGGACGCCCAGCCGACGAGCACGGACUCGAAGUUCCCGCCGCUGCGGCGCGCGGCGCUGCACUUCCUGGGCUGCUCGUGCAGGCGUGCACGGCGCGCGUGUACGAGGAGGGCGCGGGCGCGGCGCUGCUGGUGCCCCCGCGGGUGAUGAGGCGCGCGCGGACGACGCUGGGUUACGUUGCGGCGACGGACGCGGACGACGUGGUGCGGGUGAUGGCGCGGGAGACGGUCGAAGGCUUGGACCAGCUCGCGGAAGCAGUUCUCGGGCUCUGA